UAAACCAACCGUCAGUCUUCAUCUAUGACACCAACGCAUAAGUCACAGUGAAUUAACCGUCGGUUUUGAAUCAGAGAUUUUGAAAAAAAAAACUCCGUAGUGCACGAUCAGCAAUGGGUAAUGUAGCUCAAGAUUUCUAUGAAAAGUGGUUCGGCGAAGGUGUGGACACUUUGGCUACGUGUUUACCCAAAACGGCGGCGAUUCUUAAUAAGCCUAUAGGAGAGAAUGUAAAAAAGGAAUUGGAUCAAUUCAGCGAUGCUCUAAAGAGGUUUAUGCGGACUGGAGAAGUUGAUUCAAUACUUCGAAAACACGCUGAUACCUCAUGUGCCUCACAGGAAGUAAUGUGCACCAAAAAUCGAAGACGAAAACCAACCACUAAAAAGUUAUCAGUAGUAACGGAAGACAGCCCCACCAGUAAUAAACAACCGCAGAUAAAAACCGAAAAGAAAUCAGAUGUGGCUGCCCCGCUGGAACGUGCGAUUAAGGUGGAAAAGUCGGAAAUGGCGGCGCCCACUUGGAUACCGCCGAAGAAAAAAUUAAAAGAACCUAAAAUUGAAAAUUCACCGCAGUCAAUUAGGACUACUCGAUCCAAAACCCGCAAAGAAAAUCGAAAAGACUCAGAUGCUGUGAUUCAAGAAACUCCCAUUCCCACCAUCGAUCUAUCCAGUCCACAAAAGGAAUCGGCUGCAACCAAAAGAUCUAAGGUGAGACAGGCGAAUAAUUGUUCAGCAGUUGAAGUUGCGAGCGACUGCGAAAUCAGGUUCACUAGAAAUAAAAAGGCAAAAGCCUCCCGAACGGCCGAAACCAGCAGAGUUGCGGCGACUCCAAGUAAAACUAACAUCGGGGAUUCAAGCGAUGUAAUUGAGAUCAAUCAUUGUGAGGCAGAAACUUUAAAAAGAAGUCGCUCACCGACCACGCACCCCAUAAACGCCGAUGGCAAAAAAAUUAGAUCUUCAGGUAGUUCACAUAAAAAUGAGGAAAGUGAUACUCUCUAUGAAGACGCUUGUUCCAAUCAAGAACCGCCGGAGCCCAUCUUAGAAACUACUUAUGUGACCAAAAACCCCAUGUUAGGUGCGGCCGCUGAGGUUUCGGUUCCUCUUAACUCAACCUUUUUGGUGCCUGCAACAGCAUCAGCGGCUUCCAAACAGAAAGUCCCAGCGGCCAGUGCUGCAACGCCGCCCUCUAAGAAUAGGAAGCCUGGCAAGGAAGUGUUUAGUCCUUUUGAUAAAUGUUCUACCAAGAAGAAGGUAGAAGCAUUUGAGAAAUUGGCGUCUUGCAAUGAAGUUCCUGUACAUGCUAACGACAUUAAGCCGCAAUCUGGAGUAAAAUCUAAAUUAUUAGCAACACCUUUAAGAACGAAAUUCAUGCCCACUGCUUGCAGUACCGGGGCAGUUCCGAAACUUAUUUCGAGCAUAAAUAAGCAGAAUAUUAGCACUACCACCUCCCUAAGCGCACAGAAGGAUUCUCGCGAGCGAAUGUUGAAAAAACAAGAGCGUGAGCUGGCAUAUAAAAAAAAGCAGGCUUUGUUGCUUCAGCAAUCUGAAACCAAACGGAGACUGAACGAAGAGCGGCAAAUAAAGGCCCAGCAGCAUCGAGAAGCUGAGAAGCAGAAGCAAUUAGAGAUUCAGAAGCAAAAGGAAGACAGAAUGAAGCAACGUGAACAGGAACGAGAGGAGAAAAGACAAAAGCUGAAAGAAGAGAUGGAAUACAAGCAGUUGUUGGAAAAGAAAAAAAUGGAAGAAGUGCAAACUAAUCGACAGCAAAACGGGGACAAACCCAUUUACAUGAUCACAAAUGCGCCGCCGUUGCCAACUGAGGCAUGCUAUGAUUCGGAUGAUGGUCGUUUCCAUAAAGCUAAGCCUCCCUCUUGGUGCGAAGAACACAAAGCAAAAAUAAUGCAGCUGACCAUGAUGGCUGCUGGCGAAAAAAUUAAAAACACAUUGUUUUUUCUUCACGCUCAAACACCUGAUUUGACAGAAAUCUUCCAAUCUAUUGAUCCCAAACGACUUAAAAGGAGUUCAAGCGUGCACUGGAAAAAGCCACCCAGGUACACCAUGAUGCCAAACUUGAAUGAAACUAGAUUCACCGAUGAUGAAAUUAGUGAUUUGGAAGAUUAGCUGAAAUCAAUAAUCUUAACUAGAAUGUUUUUGAACUUUGUUUUAAUUUAAUUUGUGUGAAAUUUAUAUUGCAUUUAAUAUUAUUAAAGUAUUUUAACAAUU